AUGAGCAUGAACGAUGGUCUAAUAAUCUUUGGCAAGAACAAUAUCAUUGAGGAGAAUGCAAUUAUCAUCAACAAAACGAUCCAGCCAUUGAUUAUUGGAGAUGGAAACCAUUUCGGAGUGAGAAGCGUCUUUGAGGGAGUUAGAAUGGGGAGUAAUUGUACGCUUGAAGCUAAGAGUCGAGUAUCCCCAGGAACGACCAUAGGAGACGACUGCAUCAUAGGAGUGCACUGCUCAACACGCCCAGACGAAACCCUGCCAAACAAUACGAUAAUCUUUGGAACAGGUCGCCGAACACAACCGACAUCACAAAACGCCUUGCACCAACGGCACCUCGACUAUCUACACGAAGUACUGCCCAAAUACCACCACGUAAAGACAUCCAUACCAUAG